CAACUAAAAAAUUGUAUGAUUGGCAAUCAUUCGUAUUAAAAGUAUUACUUUUUUCUUGCACCAUCAAAGUAAGGCAACAUUCCGUAGGUAAAUUUCUUUCAAUACUUAAAUGGUAAGAUCGAAAAUAAAAGAUUAAAAAACAAACGAAGUGAAAAGAUAUUGGAAGCGAAAGUAGAUUUCACUAAAUGAAUAUUUUCUUUUGAAACAUGAUGUGGAAAAAUAGUUAUUAUUUGGGGAAAUAGUUAAUAUUUAUGAACGUAAUUGAUACCAAAAAAUAAUUUAUUUAUAACAUUGUUUAAUAGAUAAAGAAUAAGAUUCUAUUUUUAAAGUCGGAAAACAUAUGCUAUUUUUGAUUCUAAAAACUUUCGGAAAAACCGACAAUUAUUUAUUAAUAAAAAGACCUCGUUAGACAUAUGUAUGGUGGUAUAUUUCUGCCUUCUACAUGCAAGAUAAUUUAUGCCAACAUGCAAGAAUAUUAUAAAUCAGCAGAUGGCGUUUACAAAACGCCUUUGUCUUUUUAUCAUUAUUAUUGGAUUAUGUGCCACAACAUACAAAGAAUUAGAGUUGAUAUAUUCUCUGGUCUCUACGAUGAAAUACUUCCUGCAGUUUUGCUACAUACUUAGUUCAGGGAUAUUGAUAGAUGUAGCUACAAUGGGAUUUGAAGAGUUGCCAUUUUUCAUUUCCAAAUGUUCUGAGAUAACUGCAGAGGAAUUCUUUCAUAUGGAAAUAUCAUUUUUUAUUUCCAAAUUUAAAGAGUUCAUGAAAGAAAAUGUAAUGAAAAAAGCUGACGAUAAUCCUAUUUUGAUUUUGGGAUAUACAUUACUGCCCUUCUUUAUUUUCGUAUUGAACGAAUGGCUUCGUUAUGUUGUUAAAGUCAGUCGACCACAUGUCAAGGUUUUUCAAGAUCCGCUAAGCAUCAAAACGGCUGUGAGUGAAUCAGUACGAGCAAACAUUCAUCGGAUUGAAACUGACCUUAUUGUUUCCGAAUCGAACCUAAUAGACGAGCUACAAAUAAAUGGAUAUUUACAUGAAUACGAACUUACAUCUUUGAAGAAACGAAAUAGGACAGACCAAGCCCAUUUUUUCGCCCAAAGGCUAGAAGUCAUGGACGACGAAAGUUUCCUUGAAGUUGUUGAUAUCUUAAAUAAAUGCUCUUUUGUUCAUAUUGCUUCGGCACUGAAAUCAUCUUACAAUCUCGCUAAAUGUGAGCCUCAGUUACAAUCAGAAACACAACAUUUGUUCUGUCCCAUUUGUCGAUUGAAGAGAGAAGUUGAUAUUAAAGAGCUUCGCAGUGAUUUGAAAAAGGAGGACCUUCUUCCAUUUAAACUAUACCGGGACAUAAAUGAAGUCUGUUCUCCUACAGGCCACCAAGACGAGCUUUGGAAAGAGCUAUUCUACCAUUUUAAGUCUUGUGGACAGCGUUCCGUGGAAACCAGAUUUCUUACGAUGUUGAACACACCAAAGCACAGAGGAUUGUACAAGUGUUUUCAACGAAACUUCCCAACUCAUUUUGAAUGUGGUUGCAAUACGCCAUAUCUCUUUAGAGCACUUCACUUUUACUUUUCGACAAUAUUUUGUGAAAAUGAUCUCCCGUAAGUUGAGGAAUUCUUGACAACUACAAAAUUGAUUUUAAUAAAUGCCUUUUCAUUAACAUAUUCUAAAAUGUAUGAUAAGUUGUUUUUGAUUACAUAUUUUUGUAGGUACAUGUAAGAUAACUCCUACGAGCAAUGAGGAAUUAAUAGGUUUAACUUUGUGAAAUUUUCCUAGUAUGUUUAAUGAUUUCAUUCUAUAUGAUACUUACGGAAUUAUCAUAGCUGUAGGUCAACCUAAUAUCUUUUAUGAAUGCAAUGUCAUAUGGAUUACGUGUCAAAAAAGGCAGGUAAUAGUGCAUUUCAUCCGGAUAUUUUGUCGCCUUUAUAUGUAUGUUGAUUCAUUGCUGCCUUUAGAGUUCAAACCUUUUAAAACAUGUUUUCUUCUUAGGUAUUUUAUUUGAUAGGUUAAUGUUUGCUCUAUUAUAUACACAUAUACGUGGUUUGGUACAUCAUAUUUAAUUUGUUAAUGAUGUUCUCUAUUUGCUAUAUUUAUCAACUUUUACAAAGUAAUGGUAAAUUAAAUGGUAAUAUUUUACUUUACUCAAUAUGUAAAG